AAAGUCGGGCGGGCGGGUGGGUGCAGAGCAGAGACAGCGUGGUCCUUCCUCUGACUGACUGACUGACUGACUGACACCCGCCGGGGAAAAAAAGUUACUCUGAGUUCGCGGACACACUGCCAACAUGUCUGGAGAUGAAGAGACACAGGAGCAGACCGUCGCCGACGACUUGGUGGUCACCAAGUACAAGAUGGGCGCCGAGAUUGCGAAUCAGGCUCUGAAGACGGUGGUUGGAGCAGCUACAGCUGGAGUUUCUGUGCUCAGCCUCUGUGAAAAGGGAGAUGCCUUCAUCAUGGCAGAAACUGGGAAAAUCUUCAAGAAGGAAAAAGAGAUGAAGAAAGGUAUCGCUUUUCCUACUUGUGUGUCAGUUAACAACUGCGUAUGCCAUCACUCCCCCCUGAAGAGUGACCCUGAUGUCAUACUAAAGGAUGGGGACCUUGUCAAAAUUGACCUGGGUGUGCACGUUGAUGGCUUCAUCUCGAAUGUAGCUCACAGCUUUGUUGUUGGAGUGACAAAGGACAACCCGCUGACAGGGCGGAAGGCUGAUGUUAUGAAAGCAGCUCACCUCUGUGCUGAGGCUGCUCUGCGUCUUGUCAAGCCAGGAAACCAGAAUACACAGGUCACAGAAGCCUGGAACAAGAUUGCAAAGUCAUUCAAGUGCUCCCCUAUUGAGGGCAUGCUGUCCCAUCAGCUCAAACAACACGUGAUUGACGGGGAGAAAACUAUCAUCCAAAACCCAACGGACCAGCAAAAGAAGGACCAUGAGAAGGCUGAGUUUGAGGUGCAUGAGGUAUAUGCAGUGGAUGUGCUUAUCAGCACUGGAGAGGGGAAGGCAAAGGAUGGAGGUCAGAGGACCACCGUUUACAAACGAGACCCCAACAAGGUGUACGGCUUGAAGAUGAAGACAUCUCGGACGUUCUUCAGUGAGAUGGAGAGACGCUUCGAUACAAUGCCUUUCACUCUGAGAGCGUUUGAGGAUGAAGGCAAGGCCAGGUUGGGUGUGGUGGAGUGUGCCAAACAUGAGCUGCUGCAGCCAUUCAGUGUGCUGCAUGAGAAAGAGGGUGAAUUUGUAGCCCAGUUCAAGUUCACCGUGCUGCUCAUGGCCAACGGACCUCUGCGAAUCACAAACAGCCUCUUCGAGCCAGAACUCUACAAGUCUGAGCACGAGGUGGAAGACGCCGAGCUGAAGGCUUUGCUUCAAAGCUCAGCCAGCCGUAAGACGCAGAAGAAAAAGAAAAAGAAGGCCUCAAAGACUGUUGAGAGCGCAACAGGACAGGCGAUGGAGACCGAAGCUGCAGAAUAGAUUCUAUAUCCAAGAAAGACAUCUGAUGACCCAAAGAACAGACGUCAUGAAUCCUUCUGUCCCAGCUGUCUGAGGCACUAGUGGCAUAGCCGCUGUGAAUACCUCCGAAUCUAACUGAUGUCAGUCUGGGAUGAUGCUGCUCCUAAAUUCUGUCACUCCACCUAAAACACACACACACAUGUCCCUAAAAAAAAUCUCACUGUCCUUGAGACAGCCUUAUACCCUAACAGUGGACACAAUUCUACAACAGAGGAUUUUUUUUUUUUUUUUUUUUUUUUUUUUUGCAAAGACAUAUUCUCACUGGAACAUUUAACCAUUUGACUGACCUUGAGCCUUCGUCCCUUUAUUCCACAGUAACUGUAGUGAAAGUUAUGGUCAAAUAAAAUGGGUUUGACAGAGCAGCCAAGGAUAAUGAAUGCACAGUACUGUGUCAGUGUAAUUGUGUGGCAUAUAGAUAAUUUCCUUGACCUGAAGCCAUGGCUUUGAAAUGAAUGUUAACUUGUCGUAGGCAGAAAUGUGCAACAUCUUAGUCACACAAGUUAUAGGCAUGACAUCAUUAGUCAUUACUUUUGAAUUCAGCAUAAUUACUGCAUUUAUACUGCUCCUGCUUAGGUCUGUCUACUAGUGCAUUGUGUCUACUUCUAGGCAUCUAGGUAACUCAGCUAACAAUUUCUAAAACUGACAUGUAAGACCUACCAGUUGUGUAAUUUAACAGGUAAAAAAAAAUGAAUUUCUUUUCUCAGUUGUGGAUGGUUUAACUCCUGCCAAGGGUUCAGCGUUCAGUCUUCUGGUGCCACCACUGAGUCUGACAGUCUGUGUUUACAUAAGAAUUCCAUACCUGUUAAAUAUAUGGAUGCUUUUGUAAAACAAAUCCCAGUUUCAGAGACUAUUUUUGGAAACAUUAAAAAACCACCUGACAUCAUUUGUUUGCACGUGUUUUUGGACUUUGUGUGUAUUCAGCUGAUUGUCCUGAUGGGUGUUUGUGUGUUUUUCAUGAUUUUGAAAAGAAUAAUGAAUCCCUGUUUCCCUAGUUAUUUUACUCUCUUUGCAUUUUGUUUGUCCAAAGCCAAACAAGUGACUUGUGUGAGAACACUGAGUUUUCUUUGGGGAAUGUAGGUGAUGAACAAUAAACUCCAAAGAAAUGCAAAGUUACAUUCAAUGAGAUAAAUCUUAUUUUUAGCACCUUUGACAAAGUAAAUGUCAUGGGCUGUAGUAAGGCGCAUUUCUUGUUGACCUAAAAGUAGUUGAAUUUAAGCAUAUUGUAUCUAAGAAUAUACAACUUCUACUCAAAAUAUACAUAAAAGAAAUAAAAAAACAUGACCUCAGUGUCCAUAAUGGUAGCCAAGCUCCUGAGUACAGAGAGAAUAUGAAUCAAGCAAUAUAAUUAGUUAUUAACUUUUUGAAUAUAUAUAAAACAUAAUGAAACAUAGGACCACUUCCUACAGUAAAUCAAUGAAAAAUAAGUAACGGAACAAACAGAAGAAAACAAAAUAAGUCUGGGCAAACAAUUGGCUACAAGUACAGGAAGAAAAAACAGUAAACUAUGGAGACAAAUGAAUAAAAAAAAUAAGGGGGUACCAUGUAUCAAUGGGAUAUUACAUCCUCUGCCUGGUAGCACAUUUUCCUAAAAAAAAAAAAAAAAAAAAGAUUCCCUCCUUUAUGUACAUCAGAAAAUUGACCAAGCUUAAUAAAACUUUCCCUAUGUUAUUAUUAGUCCUUGCGAUUAGACAUUCAAUAGAGUCUGUCUUCAAUUUUAACCUUUCAGCAAAACCUGGCUUUGUCUGGCUCUUCCAAUUAAUCAGGCAAUAUAGUUAUUCAAAAUCACGUAUAUAAUUUACUGUAUAUGGUGAAAUUAUUUAAUAUAGUCAAAAACAUCUGGUGCACACGUGUGAUGAAUAACUGGAUUAAUGAACCUUUAAAAGCACGUAAAAAGUUGCAACACUGGUUUAAUAUACGAGCUUUUUCUGUAAACGCUUUAGUAGACUCAAUUUCCCAUGUUGCACUACGAUUCAAGGGAUAUAAAUACGAAGUCGCAGGAAUGUGACGUCCUUCAGGGAGACGAUUCUGCAGCGGCUGACUGCCCUCGUCGACAUGAGAGCUAAGUGGAGAAAGAAGCGCAUGCGCAGGCUGAAGCGUAAAAGGAGAAAGAUGAGGCAGAGGUCCAAGUAAACGGUCCCCUCCGCCAUGGCUGUGACAUCACAUGCUGCCCACAAACAGGCUGGUGAACACAGCUGGAGACCCAGGUCCCCUCCGCAUGUCAAGGCUUGAGGCCAGUGGCGUCCAUAUCGACCAGAGGCCGGGGAGCAUCAGCAGCUGAUUGAUGCUGGAGAGCUGAUUCAAGUCCUGCUGGAUGACGGGCUGUUCCUCUGGGACAUUUGGGACUCUCUGUUUUUAAUUCCUCAACUUUUGUCAUUUGUUUUUGUUUAUACUGUGAUUAAAGGUUUUGGUUUAUAAAAAUUA